AUGCAAGGAUUUGAAGAAGGUAGUGGGUUUCCAAAAACUUUUGGAGCCAUUGAUGGUAACCAUCAUCUAAAUAUGUUAAUCACAAAUACAUUGGUGUGCGACCACAAAACUUUAAUUACGCAUUGCUACACUGGACAUCCUGGCUCGGUCCAUGACCAAAGUGUUUUCCGACUAUCUGAAGUGUCAAACUACCUAUCCGAUGAUGAAAAGUUUCCUGCAGAUAGCCAUAUUUUGGGUGAUGCCGCUUAUGAACUGAAUCAACAUUUACUCACUCCUUUUCGAGAUAAUGGCCACUUAAAUGAGAGACAGAAGAAUUACAACUACCGCCAUUCAGCAGCCAGGGUGACAGUAGAAAGGUGCAUCGGUUUAUUAAAGGGCCGUAUAAGAAGCUUGUUGCAUUGCUUACCAAUGACAAGAGUCGAUUUGAUGGCAAAGUAUGUCGUAGCAUGUUAUGUGAUUCACAACAAUUCUACAUUACGAAGGGAUGAAAUAAAUGUUAUAACAAUAUCUCCAUGCGUGCAGGAAAAUGUUAGAGAUGACAAUGUUUUAUAUAAAGGAAUACAGAAUACUGGGGUACAUAAAAGGAAUUUGAUCAUGAAUACUUUGCAGCAGUAAAUGAGUAAUCUCGAGUGGUCUCGGGCCAGUACGGAUAGUUUGUACUUGACGUGAGAACUCGCUCAAGUCUCUUGAUACUAGGGUAAUGAAGCCUAGUUUGUAUAAUCAAAUUUAUGUACAUUGUUGUUGUAUUGAGUUUGAAUACCAUAACACACUAAUAAAAAUAUUUUAUUAUUAA